UUUACUUCCGUGUCACAUAGCUAACAUGGCGGACAAAGAAAAGAAGAAAAAGGAGAGUAUCUUCGACUUGUCAAAGUAUAUCGACAAACCAAUUCGUGUGAAGUUUCAAGGAGGACGAGAGGCUAGCGGUGUGCUGAAAGGCUUUGACCCACUGUUAAACUUGGUGCUGGACGGAACAAUCGAGUACAUGAGGGAUCCAGAUGACCAGCUGAAGCUGACAGAAGACACCCGGCAGCUGGGGCUGGUGGUCUGCAGAGGAACCUCUGUAGUACUGAUCUGUCCUCAGGAUGGCAUGGAGGCCAUACCGAACCCCUUCAUACAGCAGCAGGAUGGCUAACACAGUCUUUGUUUGAUACACACACAAACAUGCAACCAUGGACAAACUUAAAUGUUAUAGUCUUCUGUUUUAAUUAUUUUAAGACUUUUCUAUAACAAUGUGUUUAAUGACACAAAUUUCAGUUGUUCAGGAUCUUAAGUUGGUUAACAAAAGGACAUUUUAAGCACUUCAUUUUCAUUUCUGUAUGGUGUGCAGUUUGAAAAGAGUUGCAUUGUAAAAAGCCAGCAAAUUUGGCAAAUGUGAACACAACCAUUUUCUUUUUUAUCUAGAAUAUGUCAACUUUUUACUAUUCUUUGUUUUUGAUAAGAGAAUAAAAUGUUUGAUGAGCAUUGUU